AUGGUCCGUCUCGAUUCAGCGAAUGAUCGUCUGGAAGCGAAGCAAACGACAGCGAGUGCCGAUAGAAGUCCGGAGAGGGAGGCGAAGAUGAAUGCCGUACUUUUCCAAGCGAAACGAUGCGCAGCACAUGGAUGGACACCACAUAAAAUUCGUUCGUUAAGGAAUCAAAUCACAAAGAACGAGUCAUGGAGCCUCGGCUCCUCACAAAGAGGCUCGCCGCCGCCUCUCAGUCAAUCCUCGCAUAAACAUCGGCCAUAA